CAGUAUAUAUAUGUGAUGUUUUAUAUAAUGUGUUGACACCCCUACACACCAAAUCGGCUUACCCGUGGCCUGCCAGUACAGGAUAGGGCCUUUGGUCAAAUCAGUACGACCAGUCGACCGGUGCAAUGGAUGCUAGUACAAAAAGAGGUUUGGCAACGACAGGGAUAAAUAUGAAUCCCGUUGUUCCAAAGGAGGUCCUCAUAGCCAAGUCACCGGAGGACGGGAAUGUGUCUGUACGGUCUGGAACCACGGACAACGGUAGUGCAACACUGGACCCCGAGGCAGGCUUCAGACUGAGCGGUUCCCAGAACAUCCAGUCCUCUGUCAUCUCCAUCCACAACUGUUUCUACUCUGUAGCAGUGAAGACGAAAGCAUGCUGCGGCAGAACACAAACGAAGACUAUUUUAAAAGAUUUAAAUGGCAUCUUCAAGCCAGGCAUGAAUGCUAUCCUUGGACCAACUGGAAGUGGGAAGUCAUCACUGCUGGAUGUGCUGGCCGGCAGGAAAGACCCGGUUGGCCUGAGAGGUAACUUGCUAUUGGAUGGUGCCCCGCCCCCUGGCAACUUCAAAUGCAUGGUGGGAUAUGUUGUACAGGAUGAUGUCGUCAUGGGAACUCUGACAGUGAGAGAGAAUUUCCAGUUCUCUGCAGCUUUACGGUUACCCUCGGAUACCACAAAGAUGGAGAGAGAUGCCCGUGUGAAUGCUGUGAUAGAUGAACUUGGGCUGACUCAGUGUGCUGACACCAGGGUUGGUAAUGAGUUUAUUCGUGGUGUGUCUGGUGGUGAGAGAAAGCGAACAAACAUCGGUAUGGAGCUGAUUAUCUCCCCUCCCGUGCUGUUCCUGGACGAACCAACCACAGGCCUGGAUGCCAGCACGGCUAAUGCAGUCAUGUACUUGCUUAGAAGACUGGCCUUGAAGGGUCGUACCAUCGUGUUCUCCAUCCACCAGCCUCGUUUCUCUAUAUUCAAAGUGUUUGACAACCUGAUGCUGCUGUCGGGGGGUGAGGUCGUCUACCAUGGAGCAGCACCUGAUGCUCUCCAGUACUUCAAGUCAAUCGGUUACAUCUGUGAGGAACACAACAACCCUCCGGACUUCUUCCUGGACGUCAUCAAUGGCGACUACAACACCGUUGAUAACUUUGAGGCCCCAGACGAGAAAGAAAAUGAAAACAGCAAUCUUCAAGAAAGUCUCGUACAGAGUUUCAGACAGUCACAGUUGCACGACAAACUGAUGGAUGAGGUCACGGAGAUCUAUGACAAGUACAUGAAGAAUGAUGAGAAUGGCACAGUUGUUCGGAUGCCACGAGUGCCCUAUGCCACGUCUUUCUUCAAUCAGCUGAUGGUUGUCUCAGGAAGAACAAUAAGAAAUAUCAUCCGCAAUCCCCAGACCUCCAUAUUGCAGGUGAUCGUAAUGAUAAUCUUUGCACUGAUUGUUGGUGCUAUUUACUUUGAUGUGGAUGACACUGCAUCAGCAGGUAUACAGAACAGAGUCGGCGCAUUCUUCUUCAUCAUCAUGAACCAGAUUUUUGGCAACUUGUCCGCAGUAGAACUCUUCAUCAAAGAGAGAGCCGUUUUCAUGCAUGAGAACGUGAGUGGCUUCUACCGUGUGUCGGCCUACUUCCUGGCUAAAGUCUUCUGUGAUAUCAUUCCCAUGAGACUGGUUCCAGUAGCAUUUUUCACCGCCAUUGUCUACUGGAUGAUAGGUCUAAGAAGUGCAGCUGGCUAUUUCUUCUACUUCAUGCUGGACCUAUUUUUAACAACAAUGGCAGCCUCAGGAUUGGCAUUUGCCAUCAGUGCCAGCGUACGCAUCUUCGCAAUCGCCAACCUCCUCCUUGCUCUGUGCUAUGUGUUUAUGAUGUUGUUCAGCGGACUGUUGGUGAACCUGAGCUCCAUUGCCGAUUGGCUGGUAUGGCUGAAAUGGUUCAGUAUCUUCAGAUACAGUCUUGAUGCUCUCAGCAUCAAUGAGCUCUCUGGUGAGGUUUUCUGUGACAAUGGGUCAAAUGGUACUUGCACAACAGGGGAUGAGUAUCUCAGCCAGCAAGGUAUUGCCUACGAGACGACAUGGGACUUGUGGGUACCCCAGGUGGCACUGGCAGCUCUCUCCCUCGGCUUUCUAUUUCUGUCCUAUAUACAGCUGCGUCGCCUCAAGAAGCUCAAAUAAUACAUCUUCCAGUAUGAGCGACAUAUUGGUGUAUGUAGACUUUGUGGCAGUACAAACGGAAGCUCCACUCACCAUAUACGGGUGCACCUAAUCAGAGGACUAUAGUUUUGUAUAUAUUUGUUGUGUUGAUGUGGGGAUAAGUGGUUUAGUAUAGAGCAGCAUGCAAAGCUAAGAAUGUUGUUUAAGAUAGAUAGAACUUGAAAUAAACCAUCAUCUUACUUUCAUCAGGGACAGAUGUACUGCUGCUGACAAUGAGUAAUUCAAAAUGGUUGUACAGUGGAACUGUAUAGUAUAUGACAAGUGACUACAGUUUUAUUCAACAGUUGUUCAACAUCAUUUUGUUGAUUUUGUAUAGUUUAUUUGGUUGGAUGUUUCAGACAUCAUCUUUGUGGCAUAUGAAUGGUUGAGAUUGUUUGUGUGGAAGCGUAAUGUGAUAUUUGGUUAGACCUGACAUCGGAGUGUCAAAACCUUUAUAUGUAUUUUGUUCUUCAGCAAAUCCUCUUUGAACUUCAUAAAGAAAUUAACUUUGAGGUAUUUGUAUUCAUUUUUACAGAAUUUAUUUUUGGUGUACCUUAGCUCACCUGAGCGAUAGUCACUGAACUUAUGUCAUGACCUGGUUGUCAGGGGUGAAACACCUGGAGUAAUGCCUGUGAUUGGAAACAUUAUACUCAUGUAUAUGGUAUAUCUUAGGCUUUGAAUGGAUACUUCUAGAAAAUAUUGCAAAAAUGGUCUACAAUAGUACAUUCCUUUAUUUUGAGAUUAAGACACAUCAGGGACAGUCAGUGGCUUGUUUUCAGUAGUUAUGACAGCAGUAUAGUAUAGUAUGCAAAACAUGCUGAAGUGUAAAUCCUCUCCUUUACACCAAGUGUUAUAUAUCUUACCUGUAAAUAUGGUCUUACGGAAUAUGUUGACACUUAUCUUAAUUUCAAGCAAAUGUCGUUACCUCUGAACUUAACUACAGAUUCAAUCUCCACAGAUACACUCUCUUACGCAAUCCAGCUGCUCGUCACAGACUUUGUUUAAUAACUCUUAAUGAUUCAGAUUAUUUCUAUGACAUAUCUUACCUUAUACGUGUCAGCACAUUCGCUAUACAAUCUAAAGAAUGCUUGUGGCGCAUAUGCUUAUGAUAUUGUAAAACAUGUAUUUCUGUUUUGUCCACAAACGGAAUGUAACAGAGAGCGACUAUUUAGCUCUCUUACGUGUUUGGAAUAAUGAUGAUGAUGAUGAUGAUGAUGAUGUGAUGAUGAUGAUGUAUUGAUUAGUUUUCUACUUGGAGGAGAGCCAAAUGAUAACAUUAGAGAUCUUGAUACUUAUCUAUGGAUUCAAUGUAUGAAAACCACAAGUAAAGCUUGUGGAAUGUUCAUGAAUGGAAACUGCUUUUCUAUACGUUACUAGAUUCACAUCCCCCUAUAUAUACAUAUUUUCAAAUGUUUUUGUAUUUUAUAACGUUCAUACACUUGUACUUUGUAAAAUGUAACAUCUGCUGAAUCAUGUAUAUGUAUCUUCAAUUUUGGAGGAAAUAAAGACGAUCUAUCUAUA